CCGAAUCAAGGAAACACAGAGACAAAAAUGGGGGACAAAGAGAAAACGGUAUGCGAUUCUUCAUCGUCUUCUCGUGAUCAGAGCAAGGUUGAGGAGGAGGAAGAAGAAGCUUUGAUGGCGUUAUAUGGAUCCGAAUCCGGGUGGGUGGAAGCUCGGAUCCAUUGCGAUCAUUUGGAUACACUGUCUUCGGAUCUAAUCCACAUUCCGACACCGGAUACUCCCUGUAACAGAUGUCAUCAUCCUGCUGAGAAUUGGCUGUGUUUGAGCUGUAAAGAUGUUCUAUGUAGCCGUUUCAUCAACAAGCAUAUGCUGGAUCAUUAUCAACAACAAAAUCAUAGUGUGGCAUUGAGUUUCAGUGAUCUGUCGGUUUGGUGUUUUUCGUGCAAUUCCUAUUUGGAUGCUCAAGUGAUGCUUCCUCUUCGCCCAGUUUAUGAAACUGCUUACAUAUUGAAGUUUGGUGAAGCCCCACCUGUUCGGACAGUUGAGUUCUUGCAAGUAGAUGACUCCACAUCAGGAAAUUAGAAGUCUUUCUUCUUUCUGCAAGGAUGGUGUUGAGUUCAAGCUCUUGAGACUCGAAGGUAUGGCAUGGAAUCUGUGGUCUCAUGUUGUUCAAUCGAUAGAACUCUUGGUUAGGUUAACUGAAAACGACUACGAAACUUAGGAAUGAAACCGAUGUGUUUUGAUUAGGUUGCACUCUUUGAUAGUAGUAUCAUUCUGUUAAGUGGUAGGGGGGUUUUUGUUUUGUUUUGAAACGAGAAGAUGAAGUUCAAAUGAGAAAUAUAAAUGGUUCUUUUGGUUUUUAACAGA